UCGAGUUAGGCUGUCCGAUAGCUUGACUGUGAGAGCUCUGUUCGACGACGGAGGAAAUGAGAGGAAACCCUUUAAAUUAUUUGACUCUGACAUGCCGCGGAUUAAAACCGAAACAUCUAUCAGCAUCACAAAGUCACGUACCUGUGCAAUGAAGCAUCCCUCUCAUUACAUCAUGGUGAGUCCGGUGUGAAGAUAUAAGGAGGAGAUGAUACCAGAACCUUCUGCUGCAGCCGCAUCCAGGUCUUCAGAGAAAAAUGCAAACUCUCAGGCUGAGGCGACCUCCUCUGGAGCUAUCAGUCCCUCUGAGGAUGAGUCAGGGAACGAGAACCGACAGAAGAGUGUGAGACGAAGAAGAAGAGCGUGCAGCGUCUCGGAAAAUGUCAAGAGCAAAAGAGCCAGAGCCAGCGGCAGCAGCGUUCGAAGGGCACGGGGCAAACGCGCCAAAGAGAAGCAAGUGGAGGCAGUCACCCUGUUUGAGGUGAUCACCAUGGGCAAGAGCGCCAUACAGGCAGUGAUCGAUGAUUGGAUUGAGGCAUACGUGACGGACAGAGACGCCUCUCUACUCGACCUCAUCAGCUUCUUUAUCCAGUGCUGUGGCUGCAAAGGCGCGGUCACGGCAGAGAUGUGCCAGAGUAAAGAGGACAAGCACGUGAAGAGCAAAAUGGUCGAGGAGCUGGAUGAGGCUGUUGGUCUGCAGUAUAAGCGAUUCCUUGCUUUUCCGUGGAUUCUGACCGUCACCUGGCCCAUGGAUGCAGACAGUGCAGAGUAUCCACUCGUGCAGUCCGGGCCGUCCGGUCGCUGGUUUCACUCGGAGUUCUGCGACUUUGUGUCGGUGCUGGUGGCUCAGUGUCAGCACAGCGUCCUUUUUGACAGCUACCUGAUGAACAGCCUCAUCUCGCUGCUCACUGAGCUGUCCAACUCAUACGUAAGGGCGUUCAGACACACGUGCACACUCGCGGCGGUGAAGUUGCUGAGCUCUCUGCUGAGCGUGGCUCUGAGCCUGAGCGUCGGGAUCGAAAACAGUCAGAAGCUGUACAACGUGCAGAGGACGAAGACGGUGAGACAAAAGACCCAGCAACUGGAGAGGAUGCAGAAGAAGAUCUCGGAGUUGCAGGAAAAGAGGGCGGAGGUCGAGAGCAUGAUGGACGUCAUCUUCAAAGGGGUUUUUCUUAAAAGAUAUCGGGAUAUGCUUCCAGAAAUUCGCUCAGUCUGCAUGGAGGAGUUGGGCUUGUGGAUGAAGCUGUACAGUUCGUCAUUCCUCAACGAUAGUUACCUCAAAUACAUGGGCUGGAUGAUGCACGAUAAGGUACCGGAUGUGCGUCUGAAGUGUGUGUUAGCUCUGCAGGGUCUGUUCGGUGAUCCUGUCCUGCUCCCUAAACUGGAUCUGUUCAUCAGUCGCUUCAAGAAUCGACUGAUCUCCAUGGUGCUAGAUAAGGACAAUGAGGUGGCAGUGCAGACCAUGAAACUAUUGGUGCUAAUCUCCAGAGCCACAGACGACGUGCUGACGUCUGAGGACUACAAGCAGCUCCUUCAGGUCGUUUACUCCUCUCAUCGGCCCCUCUCAGCCACCGCAGGGGAGCUGCUCUACUCAAGGAUUCUCAGUGCUGCAGCUCCUACCUCUGAUGAUCAGGGUGAAAGGAGCGAAGAGGACGAGCGAAGACGACAGAUGUUUGACCGACUUAAAGCUUUACUGCGGUUUUAUCAGGAGUCUGAGCUUCACAAGCAUGUCGUUUACCUGGUGGACAGCCUUUGGGACUGUGGUGGGUCUCUGCUGAAAGACUGGCCCACACUCACAGCUGCACUGCUGCAGAACAGCUCAGGUUUUACUCCGGCAGAACAAGCGGUGAUUGUGGAGAUCCUGGUUGCGUCGGUACGUCAGGCCACAGAGGGGCCAGCUCUGGUAGGGAGGAGCGGGGCCAAGAAGAUCAUGAGCAAUAGAGAAAAGAAAAUUCAAGCUGACGACUGUCUAAAGCUCACUGAACAUCUGUUUUCUGUGCUUCCCAAGUUACUCUCCAAGUUUUCAUGUAGUGGCGACACUGUUGCUUCCCUGAUGCGGAUUCCUCAGUACUUCCACCCAGACAGUCAAGAGGCUAAAAACACACAGUCAGUUUCAAGCCUGAUGACAGAGAUGGCAGCUGUUUUGGACCUUCACUCGGGCCCUGCGGUUCUGGAAGCAGCCGCUCGAACAUACCUCAGUCUGUGUGGCGAUGGCGCAGCCUGGGCCGUGGCGGCCGGAGCCUCACGGGACUCUCUGGUCCAGCGCUGGGUGGACCGACUGACAGAGACAAUUGGGGAGUCGCUCAGGCGCGGCUGUUUUUCUGCUGAGGAAGACGAGACGAGUCAAAUUGUAGCGACACUGAAGAAACUCAGAGCUUUCCACAACUGUCAUGACCUCAGUCGAUGGAGCGUGUUUGAGCUGCUGUCUCCUCUCCUGACGGAGGACGGCAGCCUGGGAGGACCACCGCCAGAGGUGCUGGAGGAGGCACUGCAGUGCAUGUCGUUUGCCAUGCUGUGGUCCCUCAGUACGAGCAGCCAAACUCUAACAUGCAGGGAGAAAGCUGUGGCCCAGAGGCUCCAGCUGCGUCUCUUCUGUGACAGGAGCUACCGGUGUCUCUCCCACUGCAACCACAGCGUGAAGAAUCAGGCGUUCCUGGGUGUGUGCGAUGUCCUGACGGCUCACUCGUACCAGCUGCAGGUGUGGGAUCCCACCUGCUUCGGCCCUCUGCUCUACACUCCCAGUCCCAAACUGCAGAGGGCGCUGCUCACCUUCGUAUGCGUGAACGUGUUUGUUGUCCCAGACGGCGACAACCAGAGCAGAGUCAGUGAGAGCUCUGAAGUGGAGAGGCUGGAGGAGCUUCACAGAAGAAGGAAUCUGCUGGCGGCCUACUGCAAGCUGAUCGUACACGGCGUGCUGGAGACGAGCACGGCGGCAGAAAUCUACACGCACUACGUGAAGCAUUACAGCGACUUCGGCGACAUCAUCAAGGAAACGAUUUCCAGGACCAGACAGACGGAUAAAAUAGAGAGCACUCGUACUCUGGUGCUCUGCUUGCAGCAGCUGUUUGUGCAGCUUAAGCGGGAACAAGAGAGCGGUGGCAGGGCUCACUCGGGAGUGCAGACGUUCACCUGCAUUAAGGAGCUGGCCAGGCGCUUCGCCCUCACAUUCGGAGACCUUGUCAAGUUUCGUGAGUGUCUCGUCAUGAUCCACAGGAACGGCGUGGAGUUUGUGUUCCAAGAAUUCCGACAGGCUCCAGACAACGCAACGCCGCCGUACCUCUCCUACCUGACCAUCCUUAGCGAGUUCUCCAACAAACUGCUCAAGCCAGACAAGAAGGCAGUACUCUCCUACCUGCAAAAACACACCGCAGAGCACAUAAUUGACCUCAGGGAGGAGUGCUGGCAGCCGCUCAUCUACUAUCGCGCGACUUUAUUGGCCGUGGCAGAAAUGGAGGACGCCGUGUCGUAUGUGAGCUCAGACAGGAGGCCCGGCCUUCACAGUCGCUCUCCUGUCUCCAAACAAAAGCUGGAAGGACACAAGUCCCCAAGUCAAGGUCGCCCAACUGAACAAGUCACUAAGGUUAAUAAACCCAGCUUCAGCCACAGUUCUCAGGUGAACCCGGGUGACACAGAUCCGUUCUCUGUCCCUCCGGAGCUCCACGGAAGAAGCUUCAACAUGGCUGCCACCGUCCUCGGCAUCAACGGCGAGUCGGAUGACGGCAGCGUGGACAUCGAGCUGUGAGGACCAGGAAGUGGGAGCGGACCGUCUCUCCCGUCUGGACAAGACUUCCAUUAGCCGUCUCUUCUAAAUCUGCACCUGAUAACUGGUGUCCACUUCGUUAGGCUGUGCAGAGAUCAAGACUCCAACGCUUUGUUCGAUUUAAAUAAUCUCUAUUUUAAGUUCUGACGGGGAAAAUAUGACCAAAACACCCCAAACCAAAUCAUGUCAUUUAAGUUUUAAUGCUGUUUGUGUCAUUUACUGUUUUUUUUGGUGUCA